AUGGCCACUUCAACCGGUACCGGCUGGGCUCAGCUCCGGCAGCAAGCCCGAUCUCUCGAAACUCAGACCGAGAACCUUUUCCACACAUACUCUCAAUACGCCUCAUUAACAAAGCUCCCUCCCACACCCUCGGAGGAAGAACAGCGGAUUGAAUCGCAGCUUAAAGACCUCCUAGAACGACGCGACUCCCUAAUCUCCCAACUCGCCCGCCUGCUCGACUCCGAAGCAGCCCUCACCUCCUCCGCCCUCAAACAGAACAACCUUUCCCGUCACCGCGAAGUCCUCCACGACCACCGUCGCGAACUCCAGCGUCUCAAAUCCGCCAUCUCAGAGUCCCGCGACCGCGCUAACCUCCUAUCCUACGUCCGCUCCGAUAUCGAUGCCUACCGCAACUCGAACCCGGGUCAGGCAGAAGCAGAUUACAUGCUUGAGGAGCGGGGUCGGAUUGACGAAAGCCAUAAUAUGAUUGAUGGGGUCUUGAGUCAGGCGUAUGCUAUUAAUGAGAACUUUGGUCUCCAGCGGGAGACGCUGGCCAGUAUUAAUCGACGCAUUGUGGGCGCGGCGAACUCGGUGCCCGGGAUGAAUGCGUUGAUUGGGAAGAUUGGGUCGAAGAGGAGACGGGAUGCGUUGAUUUUGGGGGCUUUUAUUGGGUUUUGCUUUUUGAUGUUGCUUUGGUUGAGGUGA